AGAUAACCAUAAAAAUCGAAAUAUAUUCGAGUUUUAUAGUUAUAUUUAAUUGAUUUUCUAUCCUGACCUUGAGGUAUAAUAAUCCGUAGUUUCGUGUUAUUAGUGAGUUAGAAAAAAAUGUUCAAAAUGAAUCGGAUAAUCAUCGCGUGCGCAGUUCUGUCGGUUGCUGCGGCAGCCGUCCUCCCUGAGGAUGCUCAGGCUCAAAUUGUGGAGUACGUUUAUAAUAAUGAUGGAACUGGCAACUAUAAUUUCAGGUUCGAGACAUCCAAUGGCAUAUCCCGUGAAGAAACUGGUGAAGUGAUAAACCCAGGACAAGAAGAUCAGUACAUAAAGGUUUAUGGAUUGUAUUCUUACAAAGAUACCAAUGGCGAAGUCGUCAACGUCAUUUAUGGUGCGGACAAAGACGGUUAUCACAUUGAAAGUGGAGAAGAGCCCAUAAGUCUUCCUCCUGCCGCAGUAGCUUCAUUAUUAGGAUAAGAAUAAAAUGAAGUUCAUCCAAUGUGAAGAAACAAUCCUGGGAACCCCAAUCAAAUAGAAAAACUAAAAAUAAAAUUUGUGAUACAGACGUUAACAUUUUUGAAACUUUUAAAAUAGGGAUUUGUUACAAAUUUAAUGAAAUAAAUAAAUAUUUAGGACAUAAUAAGAUGCCUACGUAUUGAAACAUGAUUUGUAUUCAGUUGUAUAUGACCACUGGGGUCUAGACGAGAGGGUUUCAGUGAUUUAAGGUUAAGAUUUAGAUUGGAUUACUUGCUUCUUUCGUAUAAUACUUCUUAAAUAAAAUAAGUUCUAAAAA